AUGAGUUAUAACCAGUACCAGGGCUACGGCGGCAAUCCUCCCACCCUCGGACACCAGGAGUCCUACCAAGAAUCGAGCUAUUCCCAGCCGACUCCUGCCCCAGCGAUGCCUGGACAGCCAGUUCAGCCCGGCCAAAAUGUGCAAUACGUCCAAGCAGGCCCCUCCGUGUUACCAGUCUCCGACUUCCUCUCCCGCGUCGAAGCCGUCAAGGCAGACAUCCGCACGCUGACGACGCACGUCGGCCAAAUCGCGUCCCUACACCAGCGCACGCUCUCCUCGCCCGACAGCAGCUCGUCAGGCCAACUCGAGUCGAUGAUCACGCAGACACAGGUGCUGAACACGUCGAUCAAGGAUCAGAUCAAGUUCCUCGAGGCGGACGCGGUGCGCAGCAAGGACAAUCAGGUCAAGAAUACGCAGGUCGGCCAGCUCAAGACGAGCUUCACGAAACAGCUGCAAGAGUACAGGGUUGAGGAGGCCAAUUAUGAGAAGCGCUACAGGGAACAAAUCGCGCGACAGUACCGUAUUGUGAACCCCGAGGCCACGGACGCUGAGGUGCAAGAAGCCGCAGAUGCGGAUUGGGGAAAUGAGGGCGUUUUCCAGACUGCUCUCAAAACGAACCGCUCCGCAACCGCCAACACGGUCCUCGGCGCCGUGCGCGCCCGCCACAACGACAUCCAAAAGAUCGAACGCACCAUGCUCGAACUGCAACAACUCAUGGAAGACCUCGCCACGCAAGUCGUUCUCCAAGACCAACCGAUCCAGCAAACCGAGAUGCACACGGAAAACGUCAAGCACGACACCGAAGCCGGCAACGUCCAGCUCGACAAGGGCAUCGAAUCCGCCCGCCGCGCCCGCAAACUCAAAUGGUGGUGUUUCUUCAUCUGUCUGGCCAUCGUCAUCAUCCUCGCCCUGGUCCUGGGUCUGUACUUUGGUUUGAACAAGAACUAG